UCCAUAGACUCGCAGAAACGGCUGGCUGUGUAAAGUCUUCAGUUUUGCCCGCCACGCGCUCGCUGUCGUACUGACUGCGCACUCCAGGCUAAAGACCCGACCGCAGGACGUGCAGCGCAAUUUGGAUAUAAACUCUCCAACGUUUCAAAUUACUUUGAUUUCUCCACGUUUUGAAAAUUACGCCUCUGCAAUCUCAAAUGAAGCUUCUGCUUUUUCUGUCAAGUUAUCAUCCCUGAGAAUUCUCUAUUAUUUUCGCAAUGAGCUGCUUGGAUGUUAUGUAUCAAGUAUAUGGUCCUCCGCCUCAGCCUUAUUUUGCCGCAGCAUAUAGCCCAUAUCAUCACCAGAAACUGGCAUUUUAUUCAAAAAUGCAAGAAGCCCAUGAAAGCAUCAGCGGGGGCAGCUCGUUCUCGAACUUUCCCGGGCCGACGAUCAAGGAGGAGGACUGUGCGCGAGAGAAAGAACACCCUCCGGAAGCUGAGUACCUGAAUUCGCGAUGCGUGCUCUUCACUUACUUCCAAGGGGACAUCAGCUCCGUUGUGGACGAACACUUCAGCCGGGCCCUCAGCCAGUCUAGCAGCUAUGCCCCCGGGUCCGCAAGCAACAAGUCCACACGAGAUGGAUCAUUCCCGAUGAGCCAGAGGAGUUUCCCCCCAUCCUUCUGGAACAGUGCGUACCAGCCCUCAUCCCUGAGCAGUGCCUUAGGAGCUACCCACUCAGAGAUCCCUUUCCCUGGGGAGCCUUAUUCAUCUGCCUCCUUACACAGCCACCUCCACCAGGCCACCCCAGAGUCCUGGCACCCGUCCCAUCACCACCACCACCACCCCUACUCACUCAGUGGGGCCAUCGGCACGCAAGGCUCUGGAUACCCUCGACCCAGCAUGCACGAGGUCUACGGCACGCACUUUGACCCCCGCUACAGUUCUCUGCUGGUUCCUUCAGUCCGCCCCCACCGUCUACCUCCGGCCACUGUCCCCGGGCCCAGUGCUGCGCCGUGUGAAAUUGGAAAGAGCGAACCGGCCAGUUCGGCCUGGACCGGGGCCUUCACAGGGGCGGGGCCGGAUAUUGCCCUCAACGUGGACGCAGGUCUACAGGCUCAGGAUAAGAGCAAGGACUUGUACUGGUUUUAAAGUCCUCCUGCCCCCUUCCAGGCCUGAGCUGGCUUCUGUGUUUCUCUGCACUGUAUGAUGUUGACAGGCAUUUUCUGUAACAGAUUCUAAUCUCACUUGCAGCUCGACGCUACACCCUCUGUGGCAGAACCAUCCUCAGCUGAAAUGACGCCAUUGUGGAUAUCCCCUGCUGGAAAUACAGCAAACCAGGAAGAGAAUCUAAAACCCAGUCUCUCCUACUUAAAGAAAUGUGGUCUAAGGACUUGUUGGACAGCUUGGCUGAAAUACUCAGUGGUACGACUGACAACUGUUAUAUAGCCAAGACCAAAAACUUUCAACUCCUCCGAAGAGGACACUUGUUGAAAAACAAAAGAGAAAACCCUUUCAUGGCGAAGAUGUGACACAGGAGCAUGAAAUAAAUUUUACAUGAGCAUACAGUGAAUGGACAAGAUUAGCCAUUGUUGUUUCUUUAUCCGCAAAAGGAGAGGAAGCGAUAGAGGAGCAUUCUCUGACAUGACUGAAGUGAGCAGCGGCUAUUUGAAGCCACUUGACUCUAUCUAUGUUGCCUCCCCAGCAGCUGUCAAUGACAACUGUUUCCGAAUGGACAUACACAAUCUUAUAGUGUUACUGCUGUGUUUGACCAGGGGCUCCAAAGUUCAUAAAAGGAGCAUUUUGUCAUAUCUGGACCCCGACUCGCAUGGAACAGCUGGUUUUGACUGGUGACUACGAGGAGGAGGAAUGGACAGGGGGGGUAGCGGAGGUGGACGCAGAACUCGGCUCUGUACUGUAUGUCUGUGUGCAAUCAAUGGGCAGGGCUAUAUCUCAGAAUGAUGCAUUAAAAAUGUAAAUCUUCAGGAGUUUAUUCCUCGUUUAUUUUUCGGUCGUCGCAGAUUUCAAGCAGUCAAAUGAUUACCCAUGGUAUAUUGUAUUGUGAACAUAUUAAUAUAUUACCUUUUAAAAUGUUUUUUCCUUGAUACAGUUCGGAUGUAAAGUCAAUGUGUUGUCAGCCUGUAAUUAUAAAGCAUUGGCACAAUGUGAUUAAAGCUCAACUCUAGAUUGCAUGCUCUCUGUCAACUGAUUAGGCAUACAUGUGCAGGGCAGAUAAAACGGCUGAUCUAUAGAAAAUAUUAUUUAUAGACAUUGAUUCUGGUGUUCAGUGAUGUGUGAGUUCAUCUGUAAUUGGGUUUUUGCAGCUUGUCAAUAUCAUCAAUGCUGAUGCUUCACUUCAAUAUUGUCAAAGCUGAUGUUUCAGCUUGUCAAUACUGUCAAAUGCUGAAGCUUCAACUUGUCAAUACUGUCAAUGCUGAUGUUUCAACUUGUCAAUACUGUCAAUACUGAUGUUUCAACUUGUCUAUACUAUCAAUGCUGAUGCUUCAACUUGUCAACUCUGUCAAUGCUGAUGCUUCAUCUUGUCAGUAUUGUCAAUGCUGAUGCCUCAACUUGUCAACACUGUCAAUGCUGAUGCUUCAUCUUGUCAAUAUUGUCAAUGCUGAUGUUUCAACUUGUCAAUGCUGACGCUUCAACUUGUCAAUAUUGUCAAUGCUGAUGCUUCAACUUGUCAAUAUUGUCAAUGCUGACGCUUCAACUUGUCAAUAUUGUCAAUAUUGUCAAUAUUGUCAAUAUUGUCAAUGCUGAUGCUUCAACUUGUCAAUGCUGACGCUUCAUCUUGUCAAUAUUCUCAAUGCUGAUGCUUCAACUUGCCAAAACUGUUAAUGCUGUUAGAUUAUGUCCACCUUUGAUCUAUGAACAAAAUCAUAAAACCGGAAAGU